AUGCUUCGCGGCCAGAGCCUUCGAUGGAGAGCUGCGCUCCACCAUGCACAACGCAAUGUGAAUCCUAAACCGUUUCUCCUCUCUCCCCGAUACCAUGCGACUCUCCGAUCGGACCUGACGUCUUCCCGCUUUAUCCGGUCUGCCAUUCCUGCCCCGCGAGCUUUCUCAUCCAGCAGUGUCCGCCGGAAAGAGAAGCCUCCGAAUCCUGGAGAAAGGGCGGAAGAGGAGGAGCAUGGUGAACAGGUGAAAGAAGAUAAGGAGACGACCAAGUCUCCGGAGUUGCGACGAAAGCACGGUGAUGCGGUAGAGAAGCACGGGUCGCAACAGGACGCUGAGUCUCCAGUGGCGAGUUCCGGUCGACGGAAAGACAGGAAUGCGGCGGAGAAAGAUGGGCAGGCAGAGGAGGCGAGGAAGGGAAACAGUCUUGACGAGCAGUACAAAGCCCGGGAAGGGAAAGGGGACUCUGGCUCUCCAUCUCCGAUACCUGUAUCCGGCGGCGGGUCAGAUUCGAGACCAAGUGGCUCAGGCGGCAGUGGAGAAGAUGGGGGAAGGCGAGGCAGGAGAGAAAGGGCUCUACAGAAGCCGUCUGUCCCAGACGUCUAUCCCCAGGUGAUGGCUAUUCCCAUUGCCAAGCGCCCUCUAUUCCCAGGCUUCUACAAGGCGAUCACCAUCCGGGACCCCAACGUGGCAGCAGCCAUCCAGGAGAUGAUGAAGCGCGGACAGCCAUACGUGGGAGCGUUUCUCUUCAAGGAUGAAGAUGCGGAUGGGGAUGUGAUUGAGAGUCUGGAUGAGGUGUAUAACGUGGGAGUCUUUGCCCAGAUCACUGCUGCUUAUCCUCUUCGUGGCGCAGAGACCGGAGUGACUGCAGUGUUGUAUCCUCACCGCAGGAUCAAGAUCACAUCCUUGUUGUCACCAAACGACCCCUCGAGGAUGGGCCCUGCCGAACAGCCGAUCUCGAGAGACAUCUACGAUAGGCGAGGGGAUGUCGUCGCGAGCUUUGAAGAGGGCCCGGUCGACAACCAACUGACGAGAGAAAUCUAUCACUACGAACCUACAGCAUUUUUGCGCAAAUACCCCGUCAGCCUUGUCAACGUCGAGAAUCUUACGGAAGAACCCCAUGACCGCAAAAGCCCCGUGAUCAGGGCGGUGACGAGCGAGAUUGUCAACGUCUGCAAGGAGAUUGCUACCCUCAACCCCCUAUUCCGUGAUCAGAUUUCCGCUUUCUACACCGACCAGUUCCCCGGAAACCUGAGUGACGAACCGGCCAAGUUGGCAGAUUUCGCCGCAGCAGUGUCUGCAGGCGAAUUGAAGGAGAUGCAGGAGGUUUUGGAGACGAUGAACAUUGAGGAUCGACUCCCCAAGGCGCUGGUGGUGCUAAAGAAAGAACUGAUGAAUGCCCAGCUGCAGUCCAAGAUUUCAAAAGAUGUCGAAGCCAAGAUUCAGAAACGACAACGGGAAUAUUGGCUGAUGGAACAGAUGAAGGGAAUCAAGAGGGAACUGGGCAUCGAGACAGACGGCAAGGAUAAGCUGGUUGAGAAGUUCAAGGAGAAGGCAGAGAAACUCGCUAUGCCGGAAGCGGUCAAGAAAGUCUUCGAGGAAGAACUGAACAAGCUGGCUCACCUCGAACCCGCGGCCUCUGAAUUCAACGUCACUCGGAAUUAUCUGGACUGGAUCACGCAAAUUCCAUGGGGUCAGAAGAGCGUGGAGAACUUCGGAAUCAAGCACGCGAUGACAGUCUUGGACGAGGAUCACUACGGACUGAAAGACGUGAAGGACCGGAUUCUUGAGUUCAUUGCCGUUGGAAAACUCCGUGGAACAGUUGAGGGUAAGAUUCUGUGUCUGGUUGGCCCGCCUGGUGUGGGCAAGACCAGUAUCGGAAAAUCGAUCGCUCGCGCCCUCAACAGACAAUAUUACCGAUUCUCUGUCGGAGGCUUGACCGAUGUUGCGGAGAUCAAAGGUCAUCGACGAACCUACGUGGGGGCACUUCCGGGACGAAUCAUUCAGGCUCUGAAGAAGUGUCAGACGGAGAAUCCCUUGAUUCUCAUUGACGAAGUCGACAAGAUCGGGCGCGGCCAUCAGGGCGACCCGUCCUCUGCUCUGCUCGAGCUCCUUGACCCGGAGCAGAACUCCUCGUUCCUCGACCACUACAUGGACGUCCCUGUGGACUUGUCAAAGGUUCUAUUCGUUUGCACGGCGAACGUGACUGACACGAUUCCGCGGCCGCUCCUGGACCGCAUGGAGACCAUUGAGCUCUCUGGCUAUGUUGCGGACGAGAAGAUGGCCAUUGCGGAAAAAUAUCUUGCUCCAGCGGCGAAGGAGCUCAGUGGAUUAAAGGAUGUCGACGUUCAGCUGGAAAAAGAUGCUAUCGAGGAGCUGAUCAAGUCUUACUGUCGGGAGAGCGGUGUCCGGAACCUGAAGAAGCAAAUCGAAAAGGUUUAUCGGAAAGCCGCGCUCAAGAUCGUCCAAGACCUCGGAGAGGAAGUAUUAUCAGAGGAGGCAGCGAUAACGGAGGAAGGGAAGACCGCUCAGCAGGAAGAGGCGAAGCAGGGAGGGACCGAUCCCAAGGACGUUUUAUUAGAGCCGGAAAAGUCGACGACCGAGGUUCCGCGGGUGGCCUUGAAGGUGCCGGACACCGUGCACGUCCGGAUUGGUAAAGACAGUUUGAAAGACUACGUCGGGCCCCCUGUCUUCACAUCGGAUCGACUUUAUGAUACUUUACCACCGGGUGUGGCCAUGGGCCUGGCCUGGACAAGCCUGGGAGGGGCCGCCCUGUACGUCGAGUCGAUCCUUGAAAAUACGCUCUCACGCGACUCGCGACCUGGAUUCGAGACGACUGGCAAUCUCAUGAACGUGAUGAAGGAGUCUACCCAGAUUGCGUAUUCGUUCGCCAAGUCAGUGAUGGCAAAGGACUUUCCAGAAAACCGGUUUUUUGAGAAGGCCCGGGUUCACCUCCACUGCCCUGAGGGUGCUGUCCAGAAGGAUGGCCCUUCUGCCGGUAUUACCAUGGCCACUUCUCUGCUCUCCUUGGCUCUGAACCACUCUCUCGACCCAACCAUCGCGAUGACGGGUGAGCUCACCGUCACUGGCAAAGUUCUUCGUAUUGGGGGGCUUCGUGAGAAGACGGUGGCCGCUCGCCGUGCCGGCGCCAAGGCGAUCAUUUUCCCAGCUGACAACAUGUCCGACUGGCUGGAACUUCCAGAGAACAUCAAAGAGGGCAUCGAAGGCCAUCCCGUGAACUGGUACUCCGAUGUGUUUAAUAUCGUCUUUGCAAACCUGGACCGGGAUGCGGCGAACAACGCCUGGAAGGAGCAACUCGCCAAACCCGCUGAGGAGGACCAGCACGAGAAGCGGAAUGAAGAAGAAGAAGAAGAGUAA